AUGGAAACCAGAAGAAUCCACAUGGAGGAUUCUGACUACUGAUUGAUUUACACUUGUAUGAUUAGUUGGAAGGGCAGAUUAAAGUGGCUUCAAACUUGUGGGUCGAAAGCGACAAUUUUUUGUCGGGACACCCCCCUUUUCUGUUCUCCAGUUACUUUCCUUUAUAUCAUCUGCCUAUGUCCUUCUGAAGGAAGCACCCAUCUUCUUGUUGUUACCUUCCUUCUUUCCCCAGCUCUCUCAAGCCUGCCAUUUUUUCCUUUUUUCUUUCUGUUUUUGUUUGUUUGUUUUGGUUCAAGUUUUUUGAAGGUGUGUAUAGUCCUAAACAUGUUGGGUCAAAUGCUUGCUCGUUAGUUCUCUCUUUCAUUAUGAUGGCUCUAAACUUAUCCAAGUAUCUAGGGCUCUAGGUGGGGUAUUUAAAUUUCUCUUAUGAGGGUUCCUUUAAUUGAUGGAGUGGAACUCAAGAACUCCGCCAGGGUGGGACAUCUGGGAGAAUGUAGCCAUGUUCAGUGGCAAGGCAUUUGAAAUUCCUAAACAUUUACAGUUAUCAACCCAUGAAAUUGGUGCAGAGGGAGUUGGAAUUGGAUCCCUGUACUCAUCUGCUGGUGCUGGAUUCUCUGGCCUGGAUUUGGGUUAUUCCUCUUCAUCCAAGAGUUCCGUCGCAGCUUCUGCAGAUUCAUCGCUGAAAGAAAGUGGGAAGACAUUUGGCAGUUUUGAUGGUUUGGCUAAAGCUUAUCUUAGUCAUAAGGAAGAGAAUUCUGGGGAGGAUGAGAAUGGGAAGUUUUCGACAAUGGGGACUUCAGUUACCUCUGGGGAAUCAAUGAUAGGUUUGAAGCUUGGUAAGCGAACAUACUUUGAGUCCAUUUGUGCUGCCGCUAGCGCACCAAAGACAUGUUUAUCUGCCAUUCCAACAUCGUCAUCGUCGUCUGCCAACAUGGCAAGGAGAUGUAGAGGGCCUAAUCAAAGUACACAGACCUCACGCUGCCAAGUAGAAGGAUGCAACCUUGACCUCAGGUCAGCCAAAGAUUACCAUCGCCGACAUAGAAUUUGUGAAAGCCAUUCUAAAAGUCCAAGGGUCAUAAUAGCUGGGAUGGAGCGCAGGUUCUGCCAACAGUGCAGUAGGUUCCAUGAUUUAUCUGAGUUUGAUGAUAAGAAACGGAGCUGUCGCAGGCGCCUCUCCGAUCAUAAUGCAAGGCGUCGCAGGCGUCAUCCAGGGGCUAUCCCGUUCAGCUCUGUCAGAGCUUCUUCAUUAUAUGAUGGGAGACAGCCGAUGAACCUUUUGUUGAAUGGGGUACCAACCCCAGUUUCCCACCAUACCUGGCAAAAUGGUUGCAACUUCAAGAUUGCACAAUCCAGGGAUUCUUCGAAUAGGCUCACAAGAAGUGUAUCCAAUGAUAGCCAGCGCCAUUUAUCCACUGAUGAGAUACCCAGUUCCUUCUCUACACCAUGCCUGGGCACAGAGAAAACCAUGUCUUUCCAGAACACUCCUCCUCUGUUAGCCAGCGCCAUUUAUCCACUGAUGAGAUGCCCACUUCCUAAUCAUGAUGUAUCGUCAUCAGUCAUUAAUUGCAACUUGGAUGUAGCACCAGAUCUUGGGAAUGCUCUCUCUCUUCUGUCAACUAACUCCUGGAGUUUGAAUGAUCCCGAAUCCACAUCUCUGGAACACUUAAUCCCGGGUGAGAACCAAAGCAGUGUGGGCCUGCCAGUGAUGCAUGCCGAGUCACAAAUUGCUGCGCUUGCUUCAUCACCGUACAUGCGACUGGAACAACCGCCUGCUGUGUCCCGGCUCUACUCUUUAGAUCUUCACGGCGAUGGAAGUUCUAGCCAGUUCCAACAGUAUCAGUUGUUCAAACAUUCUUACGAGUCUGGCUCCUUUUUUCCCAGUCAGAUCAAUUGAUGCCUAAGCUUGGACAGGACCUUGUUGCAGUUUUGGUCCAGCUUGGAACUCAUCUAACAAAGGGGUUGGGGAAAAGGGAAAGCACUUGUGUUUCAGAUGCUGACUGUUAGCUAUUCCCACUGUUCCUUACCUCCACCUACCUCUUUUCUCCUUGUAAUAAAAUGUUGUUGCAUUUUCCGCACUACAGUUGAAUUCUAACUCGUUAAUUAUUUUCAUCGUAUUUAUAAUG